ACCCUCGACGAGGCGUUGGAAUAGGAGCUUGCUUGUUUGCAAAAGCUCUCGCAUCGCUUCUGCUAUCGGCGCUCAUCUUCCGCCGUUCUCGCAACGCGCUCCUCUAUUCUCUGCAGGCUCUUUAAGCUCUUUCUGACCUGCUUUCUGGGGCUCCUCUUUCGCUCAUUCUGGCUCCAGGACGAGUCCAGUUCAAGGGUAUAAAGGGAAAUUAGGGUUUAAGGAAGUUAGUCUGAUAGCUAGAGGCUCCGAGUUUUUCUCGGCGAGUAUGGCCACCAAAAAGGGCGUAGGAAGAAUUGUACACUUUGCAAAUCUCCCGCUGAAGCUGCUCUUGCCGAAUUCGCGGGAGAAUAUCACCGAAGUGGCCUUCAAAACCAUCCCGAGUGCGUCAAAGAUAGAGAUCAAGAGGGUGCUGGAAACUUUGUAUGGAUUGCAAGUUGCGAAGGUGAACACCCUUAAUAUGGAGGGAAAGAAGAAACGCGCGAAAGGGAGCUUGGCAUUUUAUCGUAGACCUGAUUACAAGAAAGCUUAUGUGACGUUGAAAGAGCCAGUGUCUUUGCCUGCAAAUCUAUUCCCUUUGAAUAUGGUGAAAGAAGAAGAAGCACCUGAGGACAAGCCGAAGCAAUAAGUCAGGACUAGUAGAGUGAGUUUGGACCCAAUAGAAAAUCCUAUUCCUUUUAGAGAGUUCGAGAUCUGACCUGUAUGGUGGUAUCUGUACAUGGUCGCCAGCUGCUGAUUUGAUGUUCAAGCCUUUGUGGGUGAUGAUUAUGAAUCCAGAAAAGUGAUCGUCCUGCGCAGCUGGAGUCACGGUGACAGAAUCGAUCUUCCGUUUACUUGUCGAGUUUUUCAUACUGUCCUGGUGACUCAUUCUUCAAAAUUUCUGCACUUUAGAGACCCUUCUUCUCCUUCCUCUUGAAUAAUUUACAAAGUUAUUGAAUUCAACUUUCCGGUUGAGCUGGAAGGACUUCAGGAGCUUAA